CUGUGGCCUAGCAUCCACAACCGCAUGAUCCCCGACUUCGAUAUCAUCGAGAAAGAGUACUAUCUCGGCAGAUCUCCGGAUGGCAACUCUCACGUGACUGCUGAGGAGUGCGCGGCGGCAACGGAGACAUCGGUAAAGUGCGAAGGUGAAUGCAACAUCAUGGAAGCGACGUCUGCAAUUGACUUCUACAAUGGGUGCCAGAUGAAGAACUGCAGGAUCCGGUACUCUCUAGCUCAAAGUGUGUCCAGAGCAUCCCGACCAAACCAGGUGUGGAGCCUGAUUCACUGGGUGAUGCACAACCUCCCGGAGAGGAUGAGCGUGGAGCAGGUGCAGGCGUCGAAAGCGAUCGCGCUCAUCCUCAAGGACAACUUUUGGUGCAACGACUGCCGCGGGUUCUUCACAAUCGGCGUCCUUGGCGCGGUGGGCUACCCGCCAGUGGAGCGCAACGGCACGAGGCACGCGAUGUACUGGAAUUUGGGCCACAACAUCGCGAACGAGCACGUUGCGUCCACGCGCGGGGGCCACCCGUGGCUCUACCAGCUCGCCAACCAGAGCACGGGCUUCGCUACCGCCGCCGAUUUCCAGAACCCGUUCUUCAUGCCCUUUGACUUCAGUGAGCGGCAGUGGAAACAGACGGCGCCGUGCCCCGGUGAGGGUGCGGGUGCGGAUCCUGGAUCCCGUCGCCGCCUCCUCUUCUGAGAGCAAAGGGGAUAUCACAAAGGUAGAGCCGUCGAGCUCUCUGUGUUUACUGGUACUGUUCAUUUCGAGAGUUCGUGUUCCCUCAUGACUCAUGUUGAGCCGCCGUGUGGAGCCCGACCGAGAGUUAAUAUGAAACUGCUUUUAGAC